AUGCAUGGUUACUGGCUGAUGAUUGUCUUCUGUGCCCUGCUGAAGAGCUGCCAAGGAGUUCAGAAUGGUGCCACUGAACUGUCGGAUGGCAUCGCGGCCUCUUCGCUCCAGGAACCUCAGGCCAAUGGAUCUGUAAACAAAGCGCGGGGCGGCGGGAGACGUACAGAAAGCACAGGGCAAAUAGAGCAAAGCCAGUUGGGCUGCAGAGAGCUGCGUUCCACCAAGUACAUAUCAGACGGUCAGUGCACCAGCCUGAAGGCGGUGAAGGAGCUGGUGUGUGCUGGUGAGUGUCUGCCCACUCAACUGCUACCCAACUGGAUCGGAGGAGGAUACUGGGCACGGCGGGAUGCGUCCGAGUGGAGGUGCGUGAACGAGCAUAUGCGCACGCAGCGCGUCAGGCUCUGGUGCCAGGAUGGCAGUACACGCACGUACAAGGUCACUGCUGUGACCUCGUGCACUUGUAAGCGCUAUACAAGGCAACACAACGAGUCCCAGCUGAAGCCGUCACCCCAGAAGGCCACCUCAAAGAAAAAACGUAGAGCAAAUGCAGAGGAGUAGAGCGGAGUUUAGUUCACUCCCAGCUGAAAACUUCACUGUCAUCAUCUUUUAACCUCACAUCACCUUUCUGUACUGGAAGGCCACUGAUUUUCAAGAACACUGACUCACGAUAAGAUAUGGAACUUGUAGUUGGAUCUCUUAAUUCUGUGUGUGUUUUGUCUCUCUCUAGGAGCCUCCCUCUGUGUGUUUACGAGAGCUUGUGUCUUCACGUGUUCAUUUUUUCUUCUGUUUCGCAACUCUCCCCCAAGGCCAUAUUUUUUAACAGGGUUCAUAAAAUGCUUUUCCUUUACUAGAAAUGAAAUUUAAUAGAGGUACACUAUGUAGAUAACACUUUGGAAGGAAGAUAUUGAAUAUUUUCUUCUGAAAUAACAUGAGAAAGUGCAGCAGACUAAAGUCAGACCUCAUUUAAACCCCAAGGCAAUGUUAGUUUCCUUGGGAAAUAAUGAACUGAAAACAAUUUUAAUGAGAGAAAUUAGGCUUCCCGUGUGAAGACAUUAAGACUUCAGCACUGGCACAAUAUUUUGCAGUGUCACUGUCAUGUUUAAUGUUUUGCAAUAUAGUAAACAUUUUCAGAAUUGUUAUAGUUUAUUGAUGAGAUCUGUUAUACCCAUUUUAUAUUCCCAUUGUAGCCAAAAUAUUUGCCUUGGGUGCAAUAAAUCAGAUAGCUUUUUUAUCAUGGUUUGUGUCAAUAAUUCUGCACCCAGCAGCCACAAGUUUGAUGUGCCAAGGGUGGAUUUGGAAAAGAAGAUUUAGUCAAAAAGAAAUCUUAUGACUCAUUGCUGUGAGGGGAUACCCUCAGCCCAAGGCAUAUCAGCCUCUCUUUGUGGUAACAUGUUACUGAAUGGUUGUUUUUUUGUAUUCUAGGUCCUUUCAUUCCUCAUUUCUAAAAGUAGCACUGUUGUGCAAUUACACAGUACCUUCCCCCAGGCCACUGUUUUGAGCAGUUCAUCAAGAGUUUUCCAUUUCCUAUAGACAGCAGUGGAGUGACUCUGAGCACAUAACAUUUUGGGUGGAGAUGAAAUAAUUUCAAAAGGAAUAAAAUGUGAGAAGGAAAAUAAAGUCUGGUCUUGCCUAAAGGAUUACUCUACCUGUUUACGUCUAAGAAGAACAGCAAACCUAUUUACGAUUUUAUAUUAGAGGUUUGAUGGCAGGUGUUGGAGCAGUCAAUAAACAUUUAUAUGAAUCAUUUUUAAAAAAUGCUUUCAUGAAUUUUUCAGCCAAACAUACAUGUUUGCAAAUGAAAUUUCAUUCAUAUAAUUCAAUAUAUUUCAUAUAAUUAAUUCUUUCAGAGAUGGGACUACUUAGUCAGACAGAAGAAUGUGUGUUUCAUGGCAUGAUGGCACAGGAGGUAGCAUUGCCAGCUCACAGCUUCAGGGUUUUCAGUUCAAUCCUGAGCUCAGGUUACUGACUGUGUGGAGUUUCUCAUGUUCUCGCUGUGUCCAUAUGGGGUUCCUCCUGCUUCACUGGUUUUCUCCCUGCUCCAAAAAUAUGCAGGUAUGUGGAUUGGCUAUGCUAAAUUGCCCCUAAGUGUGAAUGUUAGGAAUAAAUGUGUGUACGGUGGCCUGUGGUGGACUGGAAUCCCAUACAGGAUAUAUUCCCAUGUCAUGUGCAGUGUUCCCAGGAUAGUCUCUGUACCUACCGUGACCCUGACUGGGAUAAAGCAGUUAUUGAAGAUGAAUGAAAAGAAUUUGUGGUUACAUGCUGCCAAAUCAGUCAAUGUAGCUCAAAGUAAGUAUAUACAUUCACUUCCACUUUCACAUGGCACAUGGAAUUACUUUUUUGUUCCGGAGUUUAAAAGUUAAAUAAACCUACACAUGAACAGCUUUGGUAAUACAUUCACUCAUGCCUGUUUCCUUUUAAGACCCUUACUGUUAGAGUAUAAUGGUUGUAUUUUAGUCUUUUAGUCACAUAAUUAUAAGUGUUUAUUGAAAGACUGCCCUUAGGCCUGUAUUAUAUAUAAGUGCUUUCCGUUCUUGUCUUCUUUGUGACAAUCUCUUAUAUACUACAAAUGCAGUAGACAGAGAAUGCUAUUGUAUUCCUUUAAACCCUAAGGCAGUGCUCGUGAAAGUGGUUAUUUUUGUUAAAUCAUAUUAAUUAAAAUAUUAUACUGGAUUGACAACCUAUUCACAGAUAAGAGCUUUCAUCAUAGGUGCAAUGAACCUGGUCUGACCUUCUAUUUGUCUAUACCAGCACCAUAGUCGCCUCUAGAAAGCACGAGAUACAAGGACCACCUGCUGUUAUUUAUAACAUCGGUUAACAGCCAUAAUCUUAAAGUUAUCAUAAACCAACACAGUUUAUGAUGACUGCAUGCACAUACAUAUACAGUAGAUCUCUUUAAAUCAUCUGGAGCUGAAACUACUGUUUAACAGACAUGAGGCACCUUCCUUGCCCAUAGUGCUGAAAAAUUUUAUCUUUUGACUUUAAUCAUCUUUUCCACAUUCAGUGACAACCUCCUCAAAUAAGAAAUGCCUUAACCCUUGUAUUUAAAUUCAUCAGUUCAUUAUGUGCCCUUUGCUUCAUUAGUUCAAUGUGUAAUUUUCCAUUCCAGUGUCUUAUAUAACAACCGCAAUCAGUUAUCUCUUAAAGCUCUAGUCGAAGCCACACACAGAUACACUUCAUUUUUGCAGUUUGUAACUCCCUCUGUCAUCACAGUUGAUCGUGCCAGUGCACCCACCCUCUCUCUCCAUCUUUCCUUUGGCUGAAGUACAGAAAGCUAGGAGGCUAGCUCAGCUCCACACCAGCAAGUAGAAACCUCAGGGUUGAGAGUAGGAGUCAUACACACUUGGCGGUUGCUGGCAGAUGAAAUGUACUUGAUAGAUGGAUAUGAGAUCAUGAUAUUAAGUAUGCUCGAAAACACAUCCGUCAAAGAACAGACAUUCUGAUCCAGAAAGAUCUUAAUCUCAUGAUUGUCAAAUGCCAUGUUACAGAAGUGUCAAGCAUGCUGUAAAUAAGUUCAUUUCAAAUAUAAUUAUUUCUAGGGAUUAAUUACUUUUGUUUUUUCAUUCUUAAAAACUACAGAAUUUUUUUAACAAAAUUUCUCAAUUUACUAAAUUUCUUUAGUAACAAAUGAAUGCUCUUUCACACAAAUACACAAAUUUCAUUCUUUACUUCUGAGCUAAAAGAGUAACAUUUAAGUGGGCAUUUAAAACAUUUGACCCUGAUGUUUCCCCUCAUCAAGAUUUGCCUGGCGUGGCUAGUGAUCUCUACCACUGAAGAGAGCAAACAUAAAUCCUCCCGUCAGCAGGUGUGGGCUGAAGAAUGAUUUAAGAGUGUGCAUGUGGUAACAAUCCCCACAGUAAUGAUGCAUAAUUAAUCACGCUAUAAUCUUUAGCUAUUACUAGGCAUUAGGCCAGACCAGAAUCUCAUUGAGCCAAGUGCUACCAUAUUUCUAAUCUUUCCUUUCACAACCCCAGGAAACUCUGAGUAACCCUUCUCACCCUGGGCAGAAAGGUCUAUUUCUGUCACUGUAUGAUUUUACAUGUAAAUAAAUUAUUUUGGAAGUUGAAAACAGAUAUAGUAAAUACUAAUGUUCUUACGUUCCUGACAAUGUUCCUACAUGGGGCCUUAUUUAUCAAACUUUUAGUGAAGCUGUGUAUAAAGGACAACAUAAUCUGUAUAUUAAAUUGCAGUAAAUUAUGCCAUUUACAUUAUUUGAAGUCUAUCAAUCAAGGUUCACGUUAAUGAAAUGUAAAUUUUUACACAAACUCAAAAAAAUGUUUUUUUUUUUUUUUCACGAAUAACACAUUUCUUCUGUAAACGCACUUCCAAAC